AUGUCGUCGCGGUUGAAGCUUCCCAACCACAUCACUUCUCUCCGAAAGCAACCUCAACUCAACUUUUCAAACCUCCUGAAAAACCCAAUUCAAGUCACUUGACUUGACCAACAACAAAUCUCUUAGAAGCCGAUGCGGAAUAUCCUCACCCGAAUCCGAUACCCCGCACUCACCUCACUCGCAUCCGCAUCACGCACUCGCGCUCUUGCCAGCAGCAACAACAACAACCUGUUCAACCUCAACCGCGACCUCAACACCAAGUUAAACCUCACCACCAACCAAACCCCCGUCCAAAGACGCCCCAUCUCCAAAAUGACCAUCCAAAAAACCCAAGAACCCGCCAUCACCUCCAUCACCGAGCUGACCCCUCAAAAUGCCAAAUGGCUCACCCUCCAACAAAUCCACUACGUCGACCAAACCGGCAAAUCGCGCCUCUGGGAGGUCUGCGCGCGCAAGACGCGCUCCUCCGAUCCUACCCCCGUCGGUUCGCACGGAAUCGACGCAGUAGCCAUGUGCAACAUCCUUUUGCACCCGUCCCGCCCGCCCGCCACCGUCCUGGUAAUCCAAUACCGGCCCCCCUUGGACGCCUACACGAUCGAGUGGCCUGCCGGUCUAAUCGACGCGGGGGAAACGCCCGAGGAGGCCGCGGUGCGGGAGUUCAGGGAGGAGGUCGGGUAUGAGUGUGUGGUCAAGUCUGUGAGUCCCGUGGAGGCGGCGGAUCCGGGGCUGAGUAAUACGACGAUGGUGAUGGCUACUGUUGAGGUGCAACUCAAAGAGGAGGAGAAGGAGGGGGAGUUGCCUGACCAAAGGCUGGAUGAGGGGGAGCAUAUCCAGAGGGUGGUGGUGCCGAUGGCGGAGCUGUAUGAGAGGUUGGUGGAGUAUAGUAAGAAGGAACGGCAUAUUGUGGCGGCGAAGUUGUUUCAUUUUGCGCAGGGGAUGCAUUUUGCGACGACGGAGAGGUAUGGUGUUUUUGGUGAGAAGAAGGAGUAGGCUGCGCGGGACGGAGAGGCACGGGCAUGAUAGAGGUACCCCUCUGAGUCGAGGGU